AUGUUUCCCCAGCUACUCCUCAUCGCAUCCCUCUCACUCACCUUCGGUGAUCCAUGCCGCCGCUUCUCAGUCUCAAACAAACCCUCAAUCGAGUGCAUCUCCUCAUCGCUAACCCAUCUGCCAACUGUGCCCACUGAUGUCAUCUCUGUCACUCUAUUCAACAAUUCGAUCACCAGUAUUGACAAUUUCCCGGGCUCGUACGAUUCGGUGCAAGAGAUUUCGUUGAGAUAUUGUGGAAUCGAGAGGGUCACAUCGACGGCAUUUCGAUCGUUGAAAGCCGUCACUCGAGUCGAUCUUUCGCACAACUCGAUCUCGACGUUCAUCGUUCAAAACGGCCUGCGUAACGUGACCUGGUUGAGUCUUGCCCACAAUGGCCUCCGGUUUGUGCCCGAUCUAUCCGCUUUGACAGCUCUAAAGUUCUUGGACCUAUCCUACAAUGCAUUGUACAGGGUCAACCCUCGAUCUCUGCCGGUUCAAUUGAAUUCCCUCUCUCUUGGUCAUAAUAGGAUCAGCGUGCUUCAACCGUGGACCCAUUUGACGCACCUUCAGGAGGUAAACGUUGUCUCGAAUCCACUCCAAUGCGAUUGCUCUCUUUGGGAAUGGGUUGCAUGGGCUGAUAAGAGAUCUCUUGUCGAUCCAUCGACGCUUCCAUGCAAUGAAACAGUCGCUCAAAUGAGGCUCUACUCGGCGCAAAAGCAAUCGUGUGGUCCAAUCGUUGAGGGAGAAGCUGAAGUGGAGAAAGUCGAUCUCGCGCCCGGGACAAUCCACUGUUCUUUGUUGUACGCUCUUCCCAUCGCCGCCGUUCAUUGGAUCCAUUUGGGAAUUGUUUUAGGACAAACUGACUCAACGACAACCAAUGAUGGAGCAAAAGUGAGACAUUGUAUCGAAAUCAAGGAAGGAGCUGGCGAUGCAUAUGGAGAAUAUCAAUGUGUUGCUUCUGCCAGUGGAAGGAAUUCCUCGAAGAAUGUGAUCCUCUUUGUGUUUGUCUUCUGUUUUGCAUCGUAUUGCAUCAUUCGACGAGAUCGAUCAAGAACGAAAACCGAAGACCUUUAUCGGAGAGGACAUGUCAUACCGAUACUCGUCGAUGAUGCUUAUGAAAAGCCGAAAGUUGAGCAUCGCCUCCAAUUGGAGUCCCCAUGCCCGGCCGUGCAUCGUCACAGCACGUGUGAAUCGUCGGAAUGGCUUUGUGAUGGAUGGGUACAGCCAAGAGUCGUUCAUUCACUAUAUCGAGAUCGACGCGAUCCAAGAGAACACUUGUCACCACGAUCUCAACGUACAGACACCAAACUCGCGCCUUUAGCUUAUUUUGAUCCCGAAUCAAGGCACAGUUUGACCAUCACACAUACAGCUGUA